AAAAUAUCACAAUACAAUAAUACACUAAUUAGACUCAAGGACAAAACUACUUAAAUUAGAAUGCAUGCACUCUCAUUAAAGUCUUUUAUCUCAUUUCUCGAUUUUCACGUAUUUUCGAUUAUCCGGCGGCCACCCAAGGCCCAAGUCUGUAAAAUACAAAUGGCCCAAGAACUUAAUUAGAAUUCCGGCUCAAAACCAAAUUAGUUUGCAUCCCAAGCUCCCUCGUAAAUUACUUCCCUCCGGCCCAACUGCUCUUCUCCCUCUUUAAUUUAUUUCGGCCCACGGAUUAAUUAUUCCAGCCCAAAGAUAAUUAAUCUGGCCCAACAUUAUAACCUCUAGGCCCAACUAAUUAAUUUGUGAGAAGCCCAAAUUAUACUCCCUCCUAUACGUGAUUUCCCUUCCCCAAAUCACAUUCUUCAUAAUUGAAAUCCCUAAAAGAACACAGCAGCGGUGCAUACUCCUCUUCUCUUUUCUUCCCGGCGAAUCGCCGUUUCGCUCUCACCCUUCGCCUUCUCCGGUGAGUUCACGAUGGGAGCAUCUUCCUCCGUUUAUGCCUAUGGAUCUAUCUUUCCAUUUUCUCCGCGACAGGGCCAUUGCCUGCGAAUGGCGCCGCGGCAGGUGGUCGCUGUCCCAAUCUCCAACCGGUGCGUUCGACCGCCGGUGCCACCCGCUGCGCUCCCUCCGGCGAAUUCUUGUCCGCCACCAGCAUUCGUCCUUGUCACUUGGCUCUCCCACACACCGCUCUUCCCCGUUGCUCACAGCACCACUGCCGGAGUCCGGCAGAGGCCGUCGCCAUCGCUGUCGGCUUCUCCGCCGGUUCGUGCAGUUGUCCGAACUCGCCCCGAACAGCUCCGAAACGACACCGCACAGCCCUGAAACCAACCCGAACCACCCGAAAGGUUCUGGACAGCCCCCGAUUAACUCCGAUUCUGCCCCGAACAACUUCGAACAGCCCCGAAGAGUUCCGACGUAUAAUCGGUUCAAGUUCGUGGUUGUCCACGUUGAAGUACCCGAUUUUCGUAGAACACAGGAUGUAUAAAUUUAAAUUUUGUUGGAUUUUUAUUGAAUGUAUCAGACAUCCAGAUUUUGAAUUUUAGGAUCUUAUUUAUUAUUUAUUUAUAUUUAUUA